GGUCGUGUUAUUCGCAACCAGAGAAAGGGCCGUGGCUCUAUCUUCACUACGCUCUUCAAAGGACUCAACAAGGCCCCCGCCCAGUUCCGUACUCUCGACUUCGCUGAGAGACACGGCUAUGUUCGCGGUGUCGUGAAGGAGAUCAUCCACGACCCCGGCCGUGGUGCCCCCCUGGCCAAGGUCGUCUUCCGUGACCCCUACCGCUUCAAGCUCCACACCGAGACCUUCAUCGCCAACGAGGGCAUGUACACCGGCCAGUUCAUCUACGCCGGCAAGAACGCUUCCCUCACCAUCGGCAACGUCCUCCCUCUCGGAUCCUGCCCCGAGGGUACCGUUGUCACCAACGUCGAGGAGAAGAUGGGCGACCGUGGUGCUCUUGGCCGUACCUCUGGUAACUACGUCACCGUCAUUGGCCACAACCCCGACGAGGGCAAGACCCGUGUCAAGCUUCCCUCUGGUGCCAAGAAGGUUGUCAAGUCCAGCGUCCGUGGUAUGAUCGGUAUUGUCGCUGGUGGUGGCAGAACAGACAAGCCUCUCCUUAAGGCCUCGCGCGCCAAGCACAAGUUCGCCGUCAAGCGCAACUCAUGGCCCAAGACUCGUGGUGUCGCCAUGAACCCCGUCGAUCACGUAAGGACUUUUCACAUGCAACGGACACGCCAGAAACAGCACACUGACACAAUCUACAGCNCUCACGGUGGUGGUAACCACCAGCAUAUCGGUAAGGCCUCGACCAUCUCCCGCUACGCCGCCCAGGGUCAAAAGGCUGGUCUCAUUGCCGCCCGCAGAACUGGUCUGCUCCGUGGUACACAAAAGACCAAGGAGUAA